AUGUGCACGAUCGGCGAGCUACAUUGCGGCCACGUCCACGCAAGUGCCGUAGUGUUGCUAGGCGAGCUCAAGGAUUCUGCCGACGAGAUCAGAGACAGGAUGGCAACCGACGCCGAGCACGCACGGGAAGCGAACGAAGAGAUCGACCUCCAGCUGCAGCUCCUUCACCAGUCAAAGGGCGAGCUCAGCAGCCAGCUCGCCGAGGCAACCUCGAGGCUGAACGCCGUGGAGGAGCAGGUGGCCCACGCGGCCGCCGAGGCGCAGGCCCUGCAGCUGGAGGCGGGGCGGCGGCGCAGCGAGCACGAGAGGCGGGAGCACGACCUGCUGAGCAGCCAGGUGUGCAGCAUGCGCCAGCUGCGCUCGGCCACGGUCGCCGAGAGCACGACCGUCGUGGAAGACGACAUCGUCGAUUGUGAGGUCUCCGACUGGGAGCCUGGCGAGUGCUCCCUCGAGUGCGACGACAGUUGCCCCGCCUGGGGCAGCGACGCGAAGCCUUGCGGAGGCGAGAGAACAAUGACCCGGCAGGUAAUACAGGAGGCAAGCGAGUACGGCGUGCAGUGCCCGCCCCUGCAGCAGGUGAUCCCGUGCAGCCAGGUGCGGUGCCCCGUGGACUGCCAGAUGUCGGAGUGGUCGGGCUGGUCGUCCUGCACGCGCCACUGCAACGGGGGCGUGCGGCAGCGCACCCGCAGCGUGCUCCAGGAGCCGAAGAACGGCGGCGAGGCAUGCGACGCCGUCGAGGAAACGCAGCCCUGCGGCACGGGCGCGUGUGCCGCGGCCUGCGAGCUGGCGGAGUGGACGGAGUGGUCCGCGUGCUCAGCAGCGUGCGGUACUGGCUACCAGCAGCGGUUCCAGUUCCCGCGCGCCCCCCACCAGUGCCCCGCCGACAAGAGCGAGGGCCACCAGGAGGCGCAGGAGUGCACUGAGGCCACCUGCCAGGGCGACGAGGCGUGUAUCGCCAAGCAAGACAUUGUCGUCGCUGUCGACAGCAGUGGCUCGCUGACCGCAGAGGAGUUCGCGAACGUGACGUCUUUCACAAGUGCGCUCCUCGGCAAAUUCAACGGCACCGCCUACGGCCAGAACGCCUCCCGCAUAGGCGUUGUCCAGUUCGGCAACGGCGAAAUCUACGGCGUGGACCAGACUCCCACAGAUGCCAUCAAGGUGCUGGACUUCAGCACGGACAACAACACCAUAUUGGCGGCCGUGUACGGCCUUCAGCAGCAGUCGGGAUUCGCGAACUCGGCGCAGGCGAUGGCCCUCGCGGAGACUAUGCUUGACGAAGGUGCCGGCGACAGCGGCCGGAACAGGAUGUUGCUCAUGGUGGCCGCAAGCACCCCACCCUUUCAGCGCCAGAGCCAGCUGAAGGCUCGCGAGCUGUCGAGGAAGGGCAUCCGGGUGUUCUUCGUGACCGUCGCGGAUUCGAGCAGGGGCGCCGAGGCGAGGGCGGCCAAGGAUGGGACAAUGGCGACCGCGCCCACGCUUGCAAACUUUGUUCACGUCGCCUGGCACGACAUGGCCACCGAGCAGUCCGCCUAUGUGAGCUCGGCCCUAGCGGCCUCGUGCUCUCUCGCCGAGUCGCCGACCCUAGUCGCGGAGGAGAUCAGGGAACGAGGAGAACGGCUUCGAGCUCCUCCGGCAGGGGCAGGCCUGUAG